AGGGAUCACUUAUUCAUGACUAGCAAUUACACUAAGCAGGUUUGGGGGCAAAUCCUUCAAUUCAAUUGGUCUAGUGAAUUCAGAAGGGUGCAGCAAAGCCUUAAAAAGAAAAGCUUUGAUUGAUAGCAGUUGUGCGGUUGUGCCAAGGAUAGCCUGGAGUGCCUAUAUUUCCUUUGUCGGGUUGGAGAGAAACAGGAGACUUUAUGGUGCAAAGACCGAUACCAGUUCAGCAAUACUCAACCGUGUCAAGGUAACUGUCAGAUACAGGCUUCAAGGUUUACAGGAGAUUGCAGGGGACAGUAUCAACGGGAUGCUCAUUGCAAAUUGGGGAUUAGAGGAAGAUGUUGCAGAUUUGGAUGGAUGCAAGCCCAAUUGUCCAAGAAAAAGAAAUGAACAAAAAUGAAGCUGGGUUGAAUAUAGAAUACGUAAAGAAAAAGGUGGCCAAUUUUUGAAAUCUUGUAAAGCAGAGCCAGACCGGAAUGCCGCGUGGACUAACAGCUCGCUGAAACGUUGUCGUUUCUAGUUUUUUGAACCAUUAAUUUUUAUCGCUCGGGCAACCGAAACAUGAGGCUCACAACGACCGACCGCUAACUUCUUAUAGUGUCUUUUUGCUAACACUGAAGAAAAAGUUCUCUCAUUUCCUUCCCUCUCUAAAAUGCAACUUCUUCAUGCUCCAUCCUGGCCUCAUCUCUCCUUUCAAACUACAAAGCAAUAUCUAAAAGGAGGACUGCUUUCACUUGAGAAAUGUCUUCAACCAUCAGCUGCCGACUGCUUCCUUCAGCCUCAAAAACUGGAAAGGUCGAUCUGGGUAUCACAUAAACGGUCAAAUUUCGGCUGCUUUACACCAAAAGCUGCCUCUCUUGAGGCUGGUUCUUCGGCCACAUCAAUUGGAACCGCUGAGGGUGAUGUAUUAAAAGCCUUGUCUCAAAUCAUUGAUCCAGACUUUGGAACAGAUAUUGUCUCCUGUGGUUUUGUGAAAGAUCUGCUCAUUGAUGAAGCUUCGGGAGAGGUUUCCUUUCGCUUGGAGCUCACAACACCAGCAUGUCCAAUCAAGGACAUGUUUGAGCAGCAAGCAAAUGAGGUGGUGGCUAGGCUUCCAUGGGUCAGUAAAGUCAGUGUAACCAUGUCAGCACAACCAGCGAAACCUAUUUUUGCUGGACAACUUCCAGCAGGUCUACAAACAAUUUCAAAUAUUGUGGCAGUUUCAAGUUGCAAGGGAGGUGUAGGUAAAUCAACCGUUGCUGUAAAUCUGGCAUAUACUUUGGCUGGAAUGGGAGCUAGAGUUGGUAUUUUUGACGCUGAUGUUUACGGACCAAGUUUACCAACAAUGGUCUCCCCUGAAAACCGAUUGCUAGAGAUGAACCCAGAAAAGGGAACCAUCAUUCCGACUGAAUAUUUGGGAGUCAAAAUGGUAUCCUUUGGAUUUGCCGGACAAGGUCGUGCAAUAAUGAGAGGUCCAAUGGUUUCUGGGGUCAUCAAUCAACUUCUGACAACUGCCGAGUGGGGAGAGCUCGAUUACCUUGUUAUUGACAUGCCGCCUGGAACCGGUGAUAUCCAGCUUACUCUAUGUCAGGUAGUCCCAUUAACAGCUGCUGUUAUUGUUACCACCCCUCAGAAGCUAGCGUUCAUUGAUGUUGCCAAAGGAGUUCGUAUGUUUUCGAAGCUUAAGGUGCCAUGUGUUGCUGUGGUUGAAAAUAUGUGCCACUUUGAUGCUGAUGGGAAACGCUACUACCCAUUUGGCAGAGGUUCGGGCUCUCAGGUCGUCCAGCAGUUUGGGAUCCCUUAUCUGUUUGAUCUUCCCAUUAGACCAACACUUUCUGCUUCUGGUGAUAGUGGAACACCUGAAGUGGUGGCUGAUCCUCAAGGUGAAGUUUCCAAGACAUUUCAGAACCUUGGAGUUUGUGUUGUGCAACAGUGUGCCAAAAUUCGCCAGCAAGUAUCAACAGCAGUUACGUAUGACAUAUCCAUUAAGGCAAUAAGGGUUAAGGUACCGGAUUCAGAGGAAGAAUUCCUUCUGCAUCCUGCAACAGUAAGACGGAAUGACCGCUCUGCCCAAAGUGUGGAUGAGUGGACCGGGGAGCAAAAGCUCCAAUAUGGUGACAUUCCAGAGGAUAUUGAACCUGAGGAAAUUCGGCCUAUGGGAAACUAUGCUGUGUCAAUAACGUGGCCAGAUGGAUUUAACCAGAUUGCUCCGUACGAUCAGCUCCAGAUGAUGGAGCGUUUAGUUGAUUUUCCUCAACCAACAUCUGUUCAAUCAUGAUAAUUUUUUCCUCUCUGCCGUAUCCGAUCAACAACUUGAUUCCAACAAACAAAGAAUGCCUGUAUUCUCCUACAAGCCUAUCAGGUCAAAUGAGAACCAAAGCGAAACUAGGACAUGACUUGAAACCCAGUUACUUCAAAUUGUAAAAAAUAGAUCAUGAAUGUGAUUCUAGGCAUAUGUUUACUGGACUGAAUAUCCUGAUGUAUAAUUUGUCUCUUCUAGAACUCUCCGCUAUUUAUUUCACUUGCAUUUCUGAUCC